AUGUCUGAAAAAUCAAAUAAUGAAAAGCCCAGAGGUAAGUUUGGUUGAUUCAAUAAUAAAUAUUCAAUUGACACAUUUAGAUGCACCUCUUAUAUCAAACUUGGUUGGUGAAAAUUUUUCCGAUACGGCUCCGCUGGUUGAUACUGCUCUUUCAAAUUGUUUUCCGGUGAAAACUAACAGAGCUUCCCCGUUAAAACCAACAAUAAUUUAUUGUGAACCAUCAGACUCGGAUUUGGAAAAAGGUAUUUUUAGUUCCUGAAAAUUCUGAAUCAUGGAAUAUCAGUGAUUUUUUAGAAGAUAACAGUCCACCAAGAUUCGCUUCAUGGCAAGAUUUCCUCACUGAAUUUUGCUACUUUCUCAUCGACUUUGCCAUCGAUAUUGUCAUUCUUCUCACGUUGGCCUACAUUGUCUACUUCAUUUGCACAUGCAAGAUUUGGAAAAGAUUUAAAUUUUAA